UUAAAAAAGAGGCGUGUCCUUCCGUGGUCUCUGUUUCUCAUCUGUUGAUGCCUCGUGUUGCUGUCGGUUCUUCAGAUUCCAGAGUGACAUGUUGACGGCGGUGCUACUUGUCAUCCUCGUGGCUCUCUUGGUGUGGCUCUUUAAACGGGGUCCCCGCGACUCUGCGCCAAAUCCCUUCGCGGAGGACACCUGUAGGCCCCCGAAGCCUCUCGUGACGGACAAGGCAGCGAGGAAAAAGGUCCUCAAACAAAGUUUUACAGCUGAGAAAGUUCCAGAGAACUUGGAUGCAGUGGUGAUUGGCAGCGGCAUCGGGGGACUUGGAGUCGCAGCCAUUUUGGCCAAGGCUGGCAAGCGAGUGCUGGUUCUGGAGCAGCAUAGCCGAGCCGGCGGGUGCACCCACACCUUCAGCGACAAAGGCUUUGAGUUUGAUGUCGGCAUCCAUUACAUCGGCGAGCUACAGGAGCACCGGUCACUGCGGGUUUUGGCGGAUCAGCUUACAGAUGGACAACUGCAGUGGGCUCCCUUGGACAAUCCUUAUGAUGUCCUUGUGCUGGGCAGUCCAGACUCGAGGCGCGAGUACCCCAUUUAUAGUGGAGAGCGGCGCUUCACAGACGAGCUCAAGAAACGCUUCCCCGAUGAGAGCGCAGCCAUCGACAGGUUUACUCAGCUGGCGCAGGUGGUUGGCCAUGAUGUGAGGUUCCUGGCGAUACUGAAGAUGAUACCCAAGCUGGCGGCAAAGUUCCUCAUCGGCACCGGACUCCUCAAAGUCAUCUCCCCGUUUUUUAGAAUGGCGCCCCGCAGCCUCGCUGAAGUUAUGGAGGAGCUGACGGCCAACAAGGAGCUGCAGGCGACGUUCAGCUACAUCUUUGGAACCUACGGAGUCAUUCCCAAAAAUGCAAGCUUUUCAUUACAUGCCUUACUGAUUUCCCAUUACCUGGAAGGGGCCUGGUAUCCUCAAGGGGGCUCCAGUGAGAUUGCUUUCCAUCUCAUCCCUGUCAUCGAGAAGGCCGGCGGUGCAGUGCUUACCCGAGCGCCGGUGAGGCAGAUUCUGGUAAAUGAAGCCAAGAAGGCAUAUGGUGUUUCUGUCCAAAAGGGCGACGGUGAGGUCCAAGUGUACGCACCCAUCGUGAUCUCCGACGCUGGCAUUUUCAACACUUAUGAGCAACUGUUGCCCAAGGAAAUUCAAACAAUGCCACCUAUUCAGCAGCAGCUCAGCAUGAUGACGCAUGGCCAAGGGGGGCUCAGCAUUUUUGUCGGCCUAAAGGGUACGAAGGAGGAACUGGGGCUGAAGGCCUGCAACCACUGGCUUUACCCUGACAGCAACAUCGAUGAGCUCACGGAAGCCUAUUACAGAUCAUCGAGGGAGGACGCUGCCAAGUCUUGUGCUUUUGUGUACAUCGCCUCACCUUCUGCUAAAGACCCCACGUGGGAGCAGCGAUACCCAGGAAAGUCCACCCUAACGAUGCUGACCUUUGUCAGCUUUGAUUGGUUCAAAGACUGGGAAAAGGAACAAGUCGGCCAGAGGGCAGAAGAGUACCAGAACCUUAAAGAGGCGUUCAUCCAGACCCUCCUCAAUGCGGCCAUCAAUGUGUACCCCUUAAUAAAAGACAAGAUUGAAUUUGUAGAUGCGGGGACCCCCCUCACCAAUCAACAUUACAUAGUAGCCCCCCGGGGUGAAUAUUAUGGCUGUGAUCAUGCCUUGGCCCGAUUCCAACCAGAGGUGUGUGCUGGGAUCCGUGCCAAGACCCCUGUGAAGAAUCUCUACUUGACAGGUCAGGACCUUUUCUUGUGCGGAUUUGCAGGCGCUCUGGCCGGCGCGCAGCUCUGUGCUUCGGCUGUUCUCGGACGUAACGUCUUCUGGGAUCUUGAACAGCUACGGAAGAAGCUGAAGAAGCAGAGCGAGAUGGAGAAGAUGAAGGCGGGCUGAGCGGCCCCCCCGGUGCCCGUUCUGUUUCUUUUUGUCAUUUUUAAGUCUUUUUUUUUUUUUCUUUUUUUAUCUCUUCUGUGUGAUCUCUUGCUUGUCUUUGAUUUAUUUUUAUUUUCUCACCCCACUGCUUUCUUGCUUUCUCCUGCCUUUGCUCCCCACGUGGUGCCAUCGCUCACUCGUGUGUUGCUCCUGUGACGUUUUGUGGUCCUCCUGGCCCAGUUCAGGGUCACUUUAAGCAGGGGGUCCACCUGGUACUGACUUUUCCAAUUCCACCCCCAAUAAAGUGCCACCCCAUUGCCUCCUGCUUUCUCCCAGUCUCAACUGAAAGGCACAGACAUUGGGCACGUAGCCUGUGGGUAUUCUUAAAGCAGCAGCAUGUACAAGAUGGCAGCCGUCUGCCCCUUUAGGAGCUGCCAUGCAUAUGCAACGCAGUGACUUGCGUAAUUCAUUAGAAGACGCCAAGAUGGCUGAGCGCACGCCAGCUUUUUCUUCUUUUCCCAUAUCAUGUUAGUUUAUUUACUUGUUUUUUAAGAAGCCGUUCCCUCCGAGGUCCCACCUAAAUAAAUGGUGACCGCCCGUAUCCACUGGCAAUUCCUCAUUUCCGUCCGACGCCAUCAAUCCUUGCUGGAUUUCCUCUGGACUGCAGGACGCCAUCUUAGAGUCACCAGUUAGCCUGACCUGCAUGUCUCUGCCAUUUAGGGGUUACACACACAGGAGUGAAUACUCAAGUCAGGGAGAAAACAUGCAAAUUCCAUGGUGUAACCUGUAGGGGGCGCCACCGAGCCCCAAACCUCCCAGACUCUAGCACAGUCCCGGGUUCAAAUAAACAUUUUUGUUUUUUAACACAGUACCUUUCCUUUAUAUGAUGUUUGUUUCCCUCCUCCCAGUCCACCAGGUGACCUUCUGGCUCCCUUUUGUGGUGGACCCAGGAUCACGUGGCAGUGCCAUGUCACUGAAUGGUGGCAUUACUUGCGGGUCAUGUGGAAGUCCCAUGAAACAGGGAGCUGUUCUUCCUGCAGCACCCUCUGGUAGCACCCAUGGUACCUGAUAGGGGAUGUCCCUCAGGACUACAAAUCCCAUAAUUCCCUGCGGGUGGCCAUACUGGUCCUUGCCAGAUGAGCACUGCCAGUGGGGUACAAAUUGAUCUAGAUAGACCGUCUCCUCUUGCCAGCCAGGAAAGGCACCAUCAACCAACUUGGCCGGGAUUCCUGCCCACCAGCCUUGGCACCUACACUGGAUAAUGAUCAGACCGCAAAUUGAACCCAGGACUAAGGAGCUCUGAGACGAGAUGGCACCUCAUUACCAGUACAGAUGUUAUACUGGUCCCGUGCUGUGGUAGCACUGCUGCCUCAUAAUUAGGUGACCAAGGCUCGCGUCCCAAGUGCUCCCAGCAUGUUUUCCCAGUGCACUUGUGAGUUCUCUUCCCAAGUCCUAAGACACACCAGUUAGGUGGGCUGGCAUUGCUAAAUCAGCCUGUGAGGUGCGGGUGUUGUUCCUGCCUUACCCCUUAGGAUUGCUGGGGUAGGCUCCGUCUGCCCGUGAUAAGACGUUUAAGGAAAUAGAUACGUGGGUUGUAUGCUGCGAUGGCUUUGCCUUGGCACCCUGUGUACUUGGACAAAAACAGCUUCUCGUCUUCAAGCCAAGAGUGAAGUCUUAACAGGCAGAGUCCACAGCUGAACUGUUGAAACACACAAGAUGGUGGCUUUACAGUUGUGGCCAAAAGUGUUGAGAAUGAGCCAAGUGUUGGUUUUCACAAAGUCUGCUGCUUCAGUGUCUUUAGAUCUUUGUGUCAGAUGUUUCUAUGAGAUGCUGAAGGAGAAUGACAAGCAGUUCAGAAGUUUCAGCGGCUUUUAUUGACAGUGACAUGAAGGUUAUGCACGGAGUUCAUAUUUGCAGUAUAGUUGGCCCUUCUCCCUUCUUCGAAGUCCCCUCUCUGCAAUUCACCCUGGCAGCCUGUCUGCCAAUCAACUUCUGGGCCCAAUCCUGACUGAUGGCAGCCCAUUCUUGCAUCAUCAAUGCUUGGAGUUUGCCAGAGUUGGUGGGUUUUUGUUUGUCCACCCGCCUCUUGACCGCAAGUCCUCAAUGGGAUGAAGGUCUGGGGAGUUUCCUGGCCAUGGACCCCACAUUUCGAUGUUUUGUUCCCCGAGCCGCUUACUUCUCACUUGUUGCCUUACGGCCCGGUGCUCCGUCAUGUUGGUCACCAGACUGUUCUUGGAUGGUUGGGAGAAGUUGCUCUCGGAUGAUGUUUGGUGCAUUGGCUUGGUUGACCUUCAGUUGUCUUUUAUUGAGCCCACUUUGUCCACGUUCAAGGGGUCACACGAGGUGCAAGGCAGGAACCAACUCUGGAUGGGAUGCCACUGCGCGGUCAGGGGACCAAACCCCCACUCGACGAAUAUACAGACGCUGCUGAACUUUGUACACGUGCCAUGGGGAGCAGCGUAGUCUUACCAGCAUCAUAGGACCCCUGGCAGAGUAGUGGGCCAAGACCCCCUGUUUUGAUAGCAAAUGAGAAACAUACACAGGCAUCAAAAACACAGUGGGGGCUCUUAUGCUCCUGGGGUCCCUGGCCAGUGCCCAUUGUGUCCAUACAUUAAGAUGGCCCUAAUGGGGACACAGGCAGAACAUUCCAGCACCACACAGAAAGUGGCCAGGUGGGAUUUUCUACAAUGCAGUGGCCUCAUCUGCUUCUCAGCCACUUCCUUUACAAUUUUUAUUUUAUUUUAAUUAUUCUUUGCUAUCAACUCCAACUGUUCAUAAAAAGUCGGUUUAAAUAAAAUGUUGUGAAACAAAAUUUGAA